AGGCAGCAGAGAGGAGGCAUACUGCAACGGUUUUGUUUAGUGAAAUUAAUUUCAGUUCGAGUAUAGGCAUUUCUCUCGUUAAUACUUUCUAGACUAAUUCAGUGAUGAGUCACAUCGUUUCCUAGGGUAAUAGUCAUCCACACCCGUUGCUUUUGGUAAUACUAGCUAGCUAACCGGUUCAUAACUCACAACAAUAAACGACAACGUUAGCCUCUAUAAAGAGACUCUUCGUAGGUGAAGAUCUGUCUAAAUGGCCCUAUCUGAAUCAGAGAAUGGGUCUUCCGGUGGCGAAGGGGGAGAAUCCGACGUUAUUGCCACAAGUUGUGUCUUGGGCGGCUUCAGCGAAAGCGGUGAGACCAGAGCUCUCAUCUCCAGCCUGCCGGAGGUGCAUGGGGACACGGUGACAAGCGAGUCCGCCACACAGAAGUUCCUCGUGAUAAUGAACAGAUACCAAGAGCAGCCGCAUCUGCUGGACCCACAUCUAGAAUGGAUGUUAAACAUCAUACUGGAUUUUGUGAGGAGUGAAAAGUCUCCCCCUUCACUGGUUCAUUUGGGCUUCAAGUUUCUCUACAUCAUCUGUAAGGUAAGAGGCUAUAAAGUCUUUAUGCAGCUUUUUCCUCAUGAGGUGGCCGACGUCCAGCCAGUCCUGGAUCUGCUCUCCAGGCAGGAUCCCAAAGACUCUGAGACUUGGGAAACGCGCUAUAUGCUGUUGUUGUGGCUGUCCAUGACCUGCCUCAUACCCUUUGACCUUUCUCGUCUGGAUGGACAUCUGGAGUCAGAUGAUGGCAAGGCCAGAGAGUCCACUAUGGACCGAAUUUUAGCUAUUGCAAAGUCUUAUCUAGUCGUCAGUGAUACCCCCAGAGAUGCUGCAUCUGUACUGGUGUCAAAGUUCAUGACACGCCCUGAUGUGAAACAGAAGCGCCUUGGAGACUUUUUGGAUUGGAGCCUCACCACCAUAUCACAGACCAAUGACCAGUCAAUGACAGACAUUAUGGUGCUGGAUGGUGCUCUACAGUCUCUGGCGAAGCUUUUUAAACAUGGAAAACGAGAUGACCUCCUACAGUAUGCUCCUACAAUUCUGCAGUGUCUGGAGCAGAAACAUCUGUCAGAGAGCAGCCAGGCCAUGCUGAGGAAGCUUGGUGUCAAACUAAUCCAGCGGCUUGGCCUCACACUACUGAAGCCACGUUUGGCUGCUUGGAGGUACCAGAGAGGCAGCCGCUCCCUAGCAGCAAACCUUUCCAUGUCUCAGUCUGCUUCAGCUACUGAAGCUGUGACUCCUGAUGUGGACACACAAGAACAGGAGGAGGACUAUGACAUACCUGAAGAAGUAGAGACUGUCAUUGAGCAUCUGCUGGUGGGACUUAAAGAUAAGGAAACAAUUGUGCGCUGGUCUGCAGCAAAGGGCAUUGGGAGGGUGACUGGAAGGCUUCCCAAGGAGCUGGCAGAUGAAGUGGUUGGAUCAUUGUUGGAUUGCUUCAGCUUCCAGGAAACGGACAAUGCUUGGCAUGGAGGCUGCCUGGCAUUGGCAGAACUUGGUAGGAGAGGCCUGCUACUGCCUUCCAGAUUGACAGAUGUUGUGCCACUCAUUAUCAAGUCCCUGACCUACGAGGAAAAGAGGGGAGCAUGCAGUGUUGGUUCCAACGUGCGUGACGCUGCCUGCUAUGUGUGCUGGUCUUUCGCCAGGGCUUAUGAACCCAAAGAGCUCAAGCCUUUUGUCACUCAGAUUGCCAGUGCUUUGCUGAUCACAGCUGUGUUUGAUCGAAAUGUCAACUGCCGGAGAGCCGCCUCUGCUGCCUUCCAGGAGAAUGUCGGCAGACAGGGAACUUUUCCACAUGGCAUUGACAUUUUAACGGCAGCAGACUACUAUGCUGUGGGAAAUCUCAACAACUGCUAUCUGAAUAUCAGUGUUUACAUAGCUAGUUUCCCAGAGUACACCACUGCCAUGAUAGACCAUUUAAUAACCAUGAAGAUCAACCACUGGGAUGGUGUGAUCCGGGAGCUUGCCACUAAAGCACUCCACAACCUGACGCCUCAAGCGCCUGAUUAUAUGGCAACAACAGUUCUGCCACAGCUGUUGCCCAUGGCAGUUGGUAUGGACCUCCACGGUCGCCAUGGAGCUAUCAUGGCAUGUGCAGAGAUCACACAUGCUCUGUACAAACUGGGCCUUCAGACCAACAGGACUGUGACGGACAUGAUUUCUUCAGAAUGUGUGGAUGCAUUAAAAAACAUCCACCAGAUGCUACACAACAGAAAACAGUACAGGGGUUUUGGUGGAGAAUUAAUGAGGCCAGCAAUGUGUGGCCUAAUAGAAAAGCUGUCCCUGUCCAAAAUGCCUUUUAAGAAUAAUCCUGUAAUCGCUGACUGGCAGUGGCUUAUUGAUGACACCAUAAAAACUCUUCAUCUCGUUUCGAGUGGAGCAAAGGAUGGCAUUAUGGUUGCAGUGGUAUCAGCUUUGUCUGCCUUGUGUGAGGAAUACUACCAGGCCCAGGCAGGCCAGGCUGACUCACAAAUGCAAGAGGUCCUGGUAUCUCAGUACAUUGAGGGGCUGAAGAGUCCACAGAUGCUCACUCGUUGUGGAUCUGCCCUUGCCCUCGGCUGUCUACCAAGAUUUAUGGUCCAUGGCAAACUGAAGCAGAUCUUUGAAGGCCUCCAACAGAUGUGCACUGUCAGCCAAAAGGAAGGGAAUUUUACAGAGGCCAGGAGAGAUGCAGUCAGAGCAAUUGCUCAAGUGUGUGUGAAGGCGAGUGUUUGUGCCCACGGUUCCCCAGACUCUGCUCUGUGCUCGGAGAAUGUAGACAAGGUGUAUGGCACGCUGCUCGAAAGCAUGAAUGACUACACAACAGACAGCAGAGGGGAUGUCGGGGCCUGGGUGAGAGAGGCAGCAAUGACUAGUCUGAUGGAUGUGACGAUGCUGGUGGCCGGCAGUGCUCCUGAGAUCCUUUCAGCAGACCUGCUGAAGUGUAUGAUGUGCUGCCUGGCCCAGCAGGCAGCAGAGAAGAUUGACCGCUACAGAGCCCAUGCUGGCAACAUCUUCCUGCGCCUCCUUCACAGCACAGAGCCUGCAGUACCCCACAUCCCCCACCGAGAGGAGCUGCUGAACAUUUUUCCUGUUGAGACCAUAACCAGUCUGAACUGGAAUGCUCCAUCCCAAGCUUUCCAGUAUAUCACCCAGCUGCUUGGACUGCCUCAGUAUCAGUGCCACACCCUGCUGGGGCUCACUGUGUCUGUGGGAGGGAUCACUGAGUCUACAGUGCAUUUUUCUUCCCAGUCGUUGUUUGACUACCUAAAAGGGAUCCAGAACAAUGAUGCCGCUCUGGCACAGUUUGGUGAUACUUUGCUCAGCAUCUUCAGAGACAAUCUCCGCAAUGACAGGGUGACUGUUCCUUUUCUCAAGAUGCUCAAUCAGAUGCUCGCUAACAGCUGCUUUGAAAUCUUCACCACACAAGAGAAUCAUCCAUUCUGUGUGGAUCUUUUGGCUCUUUGCAAAGAAUUCAAGAAGUCCAAAGAUAUUUCCAAGCUGCGUGCCUGUAUAGCUGUCUUCUGUGGGCUGAUCCAGUUCCAGGGUGAGGUGAGAAAGAAAGUUUUGUCCCAGCUUCUGAUGCUGCUCUGCCAUUCCUUCCCUGUGAUAAGAAAGACCACAGCGAGCCAGAUGUAUGAGAUGCUGCUGACCUACGAUGAUGUCAUUGAUCCAGAGGUGCUGGAUGACGUAAUGACGCUGCUAAGUGACACCAACUGGGAGAGUGACCUUGCCACAGUACGGCCUCACAGGAAUCAGCUUUGUGACUGGCUGGGAGUCCCCAGGCCGCAGGUGGUUGCCAAGCAGAGCCCUGUCCAGGUUUCCUGAUUACCAGUGGAUGUGAAAACCAGCAGGAAAUAAUGUAGUUGGACAAACUCCUGUAGAAGAAGAAAAAGAAAUGGACUGUAAAUGCCGCUCUCCUGAAUCACAAGCUUUACAAGAUAAUAAAUAGACAAAAACAACAGUUAUUUGCCCUGUUUUGUUAUUUUUAACAUAGAUUUCUUGUACACCAGAAAGAUUUUUGACAGAUGCAUCAGACCAAAAACUGACUGUAAUAAACUAAAAAAAAUAAAUAAAUAAAAUCCAGCAA